AUGGCGGAAUCGCUACUUCUCCCGGUGGUGCGUGGGGUGGCCGGCAAGGCGGCCGACGCGCUCGUCCAGAGCGUCACUCGCAUGUGCGGCAUCGACGGCGACCGCCGCAAGCUGGAGCGCCAGCUUCUGGCCGUCCAGUGCAAGCUGGCCGAUGCCGAGGCGAAGAGCGAGACCAACCCCGCCGUCAAGCGCUGGAUGAAGGACCUCAAGGCCGUCGCCUACGAGGCCGACGACGUCCUCGACGACUUCGAGUACGAGGCGCUGCGCCGCGAGGUCAAGAUCGGCGACUCCACCACCCGCAAGGUACUCGGCUUCUUCACGCCGCAUAGCCCACUCCUGUUCCGUGUUACCAUGAGUAGGAAGCUGGGUGAUGUCCUCAAGAAGAUCAACGAGCUGGUCGAAGAGAUGAACAAGUUUGGCCUGAUGGAACACGUAGAGGUGCCACAGCUUCCUUAUCGGCUAACACACUCGGGGCUGGACGAGUCAGCAGACAUAUUUGGGCGAGAGCAUGACAAAGAGGUGUUGGUGAAACUGACGCUGGAUCAGCAUGAUCAGCAGAAUUUGCAGGUUCUCCCCAUCGUGGGGAUGGGAGGUUUGGGCAAGACGACGCUUGCCAAGCUGAUAUACAAUGACCCCAGUGUCCAGGAACAUUUCCAACUGAAGAUGUGGCACUGUGUCUCAGAGAACUUUGAAGUUGGUUCCCUUCUGAAAUCCAUCGUUGAAUUGGCUACAAAUAGAAGAUGCCAACUAAUCAACACCAUCGAGCUGUUGCGACGGCAACUUGAGGAAGCCUUUGGCCGAAGAAGGUUUCUACUUGUUCUUGACGAUGUAUGGAACGACGAGGAAAACAAGUGGGCUGAUGACCUAAAGCCACUACUGAACUCUGUUGGCGGUGCAGGAAGUGUCAUUGUCGUCACAACUCGGAGCCAACGAGUGGCAUCUAUAAUGGGCACACUUGAACCUUAUGAGCUACGGUGUCUGAAUGAAGAUGAUUCGUGGGAGGUGUUCUCCAAGAGAGCGUUUGGUAAACAAGUACAGGAGCAAGCAAAGUUGGUUUCCAUCGGCACACGUAUUGUCAAGAAAUGCAGGGGGGUGCCUCUUGCUCUCAAGACGAUGGGUGGCCUUAUGAGUUCAAAGCAAUCAGUCUCAGAAUGGGAGGUCAUUGCAGAAAGUAAUAUUGGGGCUAGGGUCCAAGGUAAAAAUGAUGUCAUGGACAUAUUGAAAUUGAGCUAUAGACACCUAUCACCUGAAAUGAAGCAAUGCUUUGCGUUCUGUGCAAUUUUCCCCCAAGAUUACGAGAUGGUUAAAGACGAACUAAUCCAACUAUGGAUGGCAAAUGGUUUUAUUCAAGAAGAGGAGAACAUGGAUUUGACACAUAAAGGAGAAAUGAUCUUCCAUGAUUUGGUAUGGAGAUCGUUCCUCCAAGACGUGAAAGAGGAGUUCAUAAUCGGUUAUCACUGUGAUUCAAUUGUUUGUAAAAUGCAUGAUUUAAUGCAUGACCUAGCAAAAGAUGUUACUGAUGAAUGUGCUAGUACAACAAAAGAGUUGGAUCAGCUGAAAGGCUCGAUAAAAGAUGUCCGUCACUUGCGAAUUCCUGAAGAAAUGGAAGAAACGAUGACCGAGUUAUUCAAAGGCACAUCAUCUCUGCAUACUCUGAUAGACCGAUCAUGGCGAUCAACAUUAUGGAAUGUUAGUGUGGAAUUCAAUUUGGCAUCAGUGAGAGCAUUGCGUUGUUCUGUUAUCAAUAGUGCUAUCACAAAUGCAAAGCAUAUACGGUUUCUCGACCUUUCCGAGACUAGUAUCGUUAGAUUGCCAGAUUCAAUAUGCAUGUUAUAUAACUUACAAUCACUGAGGCUCAAUAGUUGCGAUGAGCUAGAAUAUUUGCCAAAAGGUAUGAGAACAAUGAGGAAGCUUAUCCAUAUUUAUCUAUAUUGGUGUGACAGUUUGCGACGGAUGCCCCCAAAUAUCGGUCUGCUGAAUAAUCUUCGUACUCUGACAACAUAUGUUGUGGACACUGAAGCAGGCUGUGGAAUUGAGGAGCUCAAAGACUUGCAACACCUUACCAACAGGUUGGAACUGUACAAUUUGCACAAAGUAAAAAGCGAAGAGAAGGCAAAACAAGCCAAUAUGUACCAGAAGAAAAAUCUAAGUGAAGUAUUGUUUUUCUGGGGCCGACAAAAACGUUGCAUGCCUAAUGACAAUGCCUAUAACGAGGAGCGUGUGUUGGAGUCACUUGCACCUUAUUGUAGUAACCUCAAAGUUUUGGAGUUACAUGGAUAUGGUGGUGUUGAAAUCCCUGAAUGGAUGAGAGACCCACACACGUUCCAGCGUAUAUCAAAACUCAACAUUUCAAACUGUCCAAGAUGCAAGGAUCUACCACCAGUAUGGCUCUUGGUCUCUCUUGAGGAGUUGUCCUUGUCUUGCAUGGAUAACCUAACCACAUUAUGUACGAAUGAUGAUGUAGAAGCUGAGGGAUGUGGUACCUCUCUGCAAAUUUUCCCCAAGCUUAAGAAGAUGUUCUUAAGAAAUCUACCAAACUUGGAGAGAUGGGCAGUCAAUAUUUCAGGAGAUCCUAGUAGCUUCAUCACGCUUCCCCAGCUCGAGAUACUAAGAAUCAGUGACUGCCCUAAACUUGCAGGCAUUCCAGAUUGCCCGGUUCUAAGAGACCUGAAUAUAGAUAGAUGUUCAAAUAUUGCUGUCAGCUCGCUCGCACACGUAACAAGUUUGUCCUAUCUCAGUUACGACGCAGAAGGCUUUGAUUCUAUGACCAUGCCGCUGGGCUCAUGGUCAUCACUCAUGAGAUUAAAAGUAAGGUCUCUCGCAAACAUGGUGAUUUCUCUGGAGGACCAACAAAACCAAGGAGAAAGUAAUCUCGUAAAUCUUCGGCGUUUGAAUCUACAUGGCCCCAAAUGCUUCACGACGGUAUCCGGUUUCUCUGAAUUGCACCAUGGGAUAUGGGUACACUUUGCCUUUGUGGAGCAUUUGGUGAUUGGAGAUUGCCAUGAUAUUGUCCGCUGGCCAACGGAGGAGCUCAGUGUCAGCAAUGAUCAGCUUGUAAGACGUUGCAAAGAAGGUGGUGAGUAUUUUGACUUGCUCUCCUCCAUUCCAGAUAAAUCAAUAAUAUUUUCAGAAAGGUACUAUCGCAAGAGGUUCCUCCCCUUCUGCUGA